CCUCCCGUAUUCGAUACGAGAUCACAAGCGGUAACAUAGGAGGUGCAUUUGCAGUUAAAAAUAUGACUGGAGCGAUUUAUGUAGCUGGAGCAUUGGAUUACGAAACCAGAAAAAGGUACGAACUCCGCCUAGCAGCCUCUGACAACUUGAAAGAAAACUACACGACAGUCGUAAUACACGUAAAAGACGUCAACGAUAACCCUCCGGUGUUUGAAAGGCCCACCUACAGAACUCAAAUCACCGAGGAAGACGAUAGAAAUCUGCCGAAAAGCGUCUUAAGGGUAACUGCAACUGACGGCGAUAAAGACAGACCACAGAAUAUCGUUUACUUCCUAACGGGACAAGGAAUUGACCCUGACAAUCCUGCUAACAGCAAAUUCGACAUCAACAGGACCACAGGAGAAAUAUUCGUAUUAAAGCCCUUAGAUCGUGAUCAACCAAACGGCAGACCACAAUGGCGGUUUACAGUGUUUGCUCAGGACGAAGGAGGUGAAGGUCUCGUCGGUUACGCAGAUGUACAAGUAAAUCUCAAAGAUAUUAAUGACAACGCUCCCAUCUUCCCCCAGGGAGUUUACUUCGGUAAUGUUACCGAAAACGGUACAGCUGGAAUGGUCGUUAUGACAAUGACAGCGGUCGACUACGACGACCCCUCUGAAGGCACGAAUGCUAAGUUGGUAUAUUCAAUCGAGAAAAACGUUAUCGAAGAAGAAACCGGCUCGCCGAUAUUUGAAAUUGAAUCAGAAACGGGAGUGAUAAAAACCGCGGUGUGUUGCUUGGAUAGAGAAAGGACUCCGGAUUAUUCGAUACAAGUGGUAGCGAUGGACGGAGGCGGGUUAAAGGGAACGGGAACGGCCUCGAUACGCGUCAAGGAUAUCAACGACAUGCCGCCGCAAUUUACAAAGGACGAGUGGUUUACGGAAGUGGAUGAAACAGACGGCGCAACACUUCCAGAAAUGCCUAUACUUACGGUCACCGUUCACGACGAAGACGAAACCAACAAAUUCCAAUAUAAAGUAAUAGAAAACAGCGGAUACGGUGCGGAUAAAUUCACUAUGGUUCGCAAUAACGAUGGCACUGGCUCUCUUAAAAUCGUACAGCCUCUCGACUACGAAGAUCUACUUCAAAGUAACGGUUUCAGAUUUAGAAUUCAAGUUAAUGAUAAGGGCGAAGACAACGACAACGAUAAAUAUCACGUAGCCUACUCUUGGGUGGUGGUCCGACUAAGAGAUAUUAACGACAAUAAACCACAAUUCGAACGACCCAAUAUCGAAGUAUCGGUAUUUGAAAAUGCGGAAGUCGGCAAAAGUUUAGAGACCUUUAAAGCCACAGAUCCCGAUCAGGGCGGCAAAAGUAAAGUUUCUUACGCUAUUGACAGAUCGUCGGAUAGAAAGCGACAAUUUUCGAUUAACCAAGAAGGCACUGUGAGCAUACAACGAUCUCUAGAUAGAGAAGAUACUCCAAGGCAUCAAGUUAAAAUUCUUGCGAUCGAUGACGGAAUUCCACCCAAAACCGCUACAGCUACUCUGACUGUCAUUGUUCAAGAUAUCAACGAUAACGCACCUACGUUCCUGAAGGACUACAGACCCGUAGUACCGGAACACGUACCCCCUAGGAAGGUUGUUGAAUUAUUGGCAACUGACGACGAUGACAGAUCCAAAAGCAAUGGUCCCCCAUUCCAAUUCAGACUGGAUCCCAGUGCAAGUGAUAUUGUCCGAGCUUCCUUUAAGGUGGAACAAGAUCAAAAGGGGGCAAACGGAGAUGGAAUGGCUAUUAUCACGUCUCUUCGAUCAUUUGACAGGGAGCAACAAAAGGAAUACUACAUUCCAAUAGUAAUAAAAGAUCACGGAAAUCCUGCAAUGACCGGCACAAGUACUCUAACUGUAGUUAUCGGAGAUGUUAACGAUAACAAGAUGCAACCUGGUUCAAAAGAAAUAUUCGUUUAUAACUACCAAGGUCAAGCGCCUGAAACCGAAAUUGGUAGAGUGUACGUUUACGAUUUGGACGAUUGGGAUCUUCCGGACAAGAAGUUCUAUUGGGAAGGACCGGAUCAUCCGAGAUUUAAACUAAAUGAAGACACCGGUAUGAUUUCUAUGAAAACCGGCACUCGAGAUGGAAUAUACCACUUACGGUUUAAAGUCUACGACCGUAAGCAUACACAGACUGAUGUUGCUGCUAACGUAACCGUCACAGUAAAAGAAAUACCACAUGAAGCAGUUGUCAACUCCGGUUCUGUCAGAAUAGCUGACAUUACAGACGAAGAGUUUAUUAGAAUAUGGGACUACCAUUCCCAAAGUUUAUCGAAAAGCAUGUCUGAAAAAUUCAGAGAUAAAAUAGCAGAUCUAUUAAACAUCAACCGAGAAAACGUAGACGUGUUCAGCGUGCAGUUACGAAGAAAACAUCCUCCUGUCACUGACGUAAGGUUCUCGGCACACGGCUCACCAUACUACAAACCAGUCCGUUUAAAUGGAAUAGUUCUAAUGCAUCGGGAGGAAAUAGAAAGAGCUGUUGGUAUUAACAUUACCAUGGUAGGAAUUGAUGAGUGUCUGUAUGAAAACCAAAUGUGCGAGGGUUCUUGUACCAAUACUUUAGAUAUAAGUGCCUUACCUUACAUGGUCAAUGCGAAUAAAACUGCACUGGUAGGCGUCCGAGUUGAUGUUCUAGCUGAAUGUACCUGCGGAGCUAGAAACUUUAGCAAAGAAGAAAAUUGUCGUAACACUCCAUGUUACAAUGGCGGAAGAUGCAUAGAAAGCAGAUAUUCGCUGUCUUGUUCCUGUCCCGCAGGUUAUAAUGGACCCAGAUGCCAACAAACAUCUCGCAGCUUCAGAGGAAAUGGAUGGGCUUGGUAUCCAGCUCUUGAAAUGUGUGAUACAUCACAUUUACACUUUGAAUUUAUAACUCGAAAACCCGAUGGACUACUGUUGUAUAAUGGGCCAAUUGUACCACCUGAAAAAGAUGAAAUAAUGGUAUCCGAUUACAUAGCUAUUGAAUUAGAACGCGGUUAUCCACGCUUACUCUUAGAUUUUGGUUCAGGCACCCUCGAACUCAGAGUUAAGACGAAGAAAACACUCGACGAUGGCGAAUGGCAUAGGAUUGAUAUUUUUUGGGAUACCGAAAACGUAAGAAUGGUAGUGGAUUACUGUAAAUCCGCAGAUGUAUCAGAAAUGGAGGAUGGUACACCUCCAGAAUUCGACGAUAGCAGUUGUCAGGCUCAAGGAACCAUUCCGCCUUUUAACGAAUACUUGAAUGUAAACGCACCUUUACAACUUGGCGGUUUAUAUGUAGAACAAUUUGACCCUACACACUACCAUUGGCAAUACAUGCCCGUUGGAAAGUCGUUCGACGGUUGCAUCAGAAACCUCUUCCAUAAUUCAAAACUUUACGAUUUAGCUCAUCCAGGAUUAUCUAGACAUAGCGUACCUGGUUGUCCUCAAACGGAAGAGAUAUGCGGACGAUCCGAAACUACAGCAAGAUGUUGGGAACACGGGACUUGUGUGGGCAGCUUCAACGAAGCCAAAUGUCACUGCCAUCCAGGAUUCACUGGACCUUCUUGUACUCUAAAAACAACGCCUACAUCAUUCAAACCGCAAUCGUACGUUAAAUACGCUCUUAGUUUUGAACCAGAUCGUUAUUCAACACAAAUGCAGCUUAGAUUCAGAACAAGAGAGGAACACGGAGAAUUAUUCAGAAUAUCAGAUCAACACAAUCGCGAAUACGCGAUAUUGGAAAUUAAAGACGCCAGACUCUACUUUAGAUACAACUUGAACUCUCUUCGAACCGAAGAAAGAGAUAUUUGGCUAAGCGCCGUUCCAGUCGACGAUGGACAGUGGCAUGUCGCUAGAGUUAGUAGAUAUGGUUCGGCGGCUACUCUUGAGCUUGACGGUGGAGAAGGACGAAGAUACAACGAAACUUUUACUUUCUCUGGUCAUCAGUGGUUGCUCGUCGAUAAACAAGAGGGAGUAUACGCUGGUGGAAAGGCAGAAUACACUGGCGUACGGACAUUUGAAGUUUAUGCAGAUUACCAGAAAGGUUGUUUGGAUGACAUUCGGCUGGAAGGUAAACAUUUGCCGCUACCACCGGCCAUGAAUGGCACUCAGUGGGGUCAAGCUACCAUGGCCAGAAACUUGGAGAGAGACUGUCCAUCGAAUAAACCUUGCGCAAAUGUUAUUUGUCCUGAUCCGUUCGAAUGCGUCGAUCUUUGGAACGAUUAUGAAUGCACUUGUGGAGAGGGACGGGUAAUGUCGGCAGAUGGCAAAGACUGCACGGAUAAGGACGAAUGCAUCGACUUACCCUGUCUGAACGGCGGUACUUGCAUCAAUCUAGAACCAAGAUUCCGGUAUAGAUGCAAUUGUCCCGACGGAUUCUGGGGAGAGAAUUGUGAAUUGAUCCAAGAGGGUCAAACACUUAAACUCAGCAUGGGGGCGCUGGCGGCGAUAUUGGUCUGCUUGCUCAUCAUAUUAAUCCUAGUGUUAGUAUUCGUCGUCUACAACAGACGUAGAGAGGCUCACAUUAAAUACCCAGGUCCUGACGAUGAUGUCCGUGAAAAUAUAAUCAAUUAUGAUGACGAAGGUGGCGGAGAAGACGACAUGACAGCUUUCGAUAUAACUCCACUUCAGAUUCCGAUUGGAGGACCCAUUCCUGAACUAGGACCGUCAAAGAUUGGAUUCAUUGUCGGUGUCGGCCAAGAGCCCAAUGUAGGUGUAUUCAUCGAAGAACACAAAAAAAGAGCCGAUAGCGACCCUAACGCACCACCUUUCGAUGACCUCAGGAAUUACGCUUACGAAGGAGGCGGCAGCACGGCAGGGUCACUGAGUUCUUUGGCCUCAGGUAAUAAAAGUACCGAUGACGAAGUUCAAGAGUACGACUACCUAGGUGCAUGGGGACCUCGAUUCGACAAAUUAGCAGACAUGUACGGUCCAGGAGAAGAGACUGAACAGGAAGAAGAAUAA